AAUUUGAAUUUUGAAUUUAAUAAAGUAAUGAAAAAAAACCACUUCCAAACAUGGAUGUUGUUAGGCCUUUAUUAAAAACAUCAAUUCUCUAUUGGUGAAGGAGGGCAAAAGUGUGGAAUUUCCAUAUAGGAUGAAAAUAAGAAAAUUCUGUAUUUGAUGAAUUUUCACUGAGAAGAAAAGAAUUUCCAAUUUCCAAUUUCUAAUUUUUUAGUUUCAAUUUGCAAUUUGCAGAAGCAGUAAUCUCUACCCACAAACCCAAACCCUUUACUUUGAUUUUCCCUUUUUCAAACUGCCAUUUUCAGAUCAUACCCACAUCUGUUCUUCCUCCUUUUUCUCUCCGAUCGUUUUUCUCCCGAGUAUUUUUCAAAGAUUGGUGAAAUGGAGAGGAGAUUAUGGGAUGUUUAAAAUGUGUGAUUUCAACUUCCAAGUUUUUGAUUCUAUACCUGCAUAGCAGAGAAUUUGUUCACAAUUUCUUAAUUUCUCAUGGAAAAGGAAAAGCGUGUUUAUCAAGUUUGGAAGGGUAGUAAUAAAUUUCUUUUGGGUGGUCGCAUAAUAUUGGGUCCCGAUGCUAAGUCAGUACUUGCCACCAUACUGUUGAUCACUGUUCCAGUUGUUAUCUUCUGUAUAUUUGUAGCUUGGCAUCUUCGUCAUGCUCAUCAAUUUGUUUCAUAUAAUGCUGGAUAUGCAAUCUUGGUGGUGGCCAUUGUUUUUACCAUUUAUGUAUUGGCCCUUUUAUUGCGCACGUCAACAAGAGAUCCGGGAAUUGUACCACGUAAUUCACAUCCACCAGAGGAAGAGUUUCGUUACGACUCUUCAGUAGUUGAGACUGGUGGAAGACAAACACCAGGUCUUCAGUUUCCUCGGACAAAAGAAGUUAUGGUUAAUGGAAUUCCAGUGAGGGUAAAAUAUUGUGAUACAUGUAUGCUAUAUCGCCCACCCCGCUGCUCUCAUUGCUCAAUAUGCAACAACUGUGUGGAGCGCUUUGACCACCAUUGCCCUUGGGUUGGUCAGUGUAUUGGAGUGCGCAACUACCGCUAUUUUUUUCUUUUUGUGUCUUCAGCCACUCUACUGUGCAUUUAUGUGUUUGCCAUUUCUGCCUUCUAUAUGAAGGUUCUGAUGAAUGACAACCAUUAUACAGUUUGGAGGGCCAUGAAAGAUUCACCAGCAUCAGUAAUACUCAUGGCUUAUUGUUUCAUAUCUUUGUGGUUCGUUGGUGGACUCACUGGAUUUCAUAUGUACCUUAUCGGCACAAAUCAGACAACAUAUGAGAACUUCCGGUACAGAACUGACAGCAGGCUCAACGUCUACAACCGAGGCUGUGCUAACAAUUAUGGUGAAGUGUUCUGCACUAGUAUUAAACCAUCAAGAAACAAUUUUCGGGCUUAUGCUCAGGAAGAGGUACAACAAACACCACCCCUGCGUACCACCCCCGAAAAUGAAAUUGAAAUCAUGGAUGAUUCGGGUGACCAGCGUACCAAGGUACAUAAUGAUUUAGACCUUGGGGGAGAUCUGCUUAAGAUUUCACAAUGCCAUAACAUCGAAGACAUCGAGGACGAUAUACGGAGUAGAGGAAGCAACUUGCUUCAUAACAGUUCAGAAACCGACUCUUACGUGGGCUCGGACUAUCACACUCAGACAAUCCGUGCAGAUAUCCGACAUUCUAGCCGGGGCAGAAGCAGGAACUUUGAAAUCCGAUCCGAUAUCUCAACAAAAGAUGCCCAUGUCCAUGAGGGAUGAAAAUACUACUUCAAAUGGAAUUAUUUUGUACAUUUGAUCUCUGGAAGUUGAAAUUCGUUUUGGCGUCGUUGGUAACACAUUCUUCUCACUUGAGGAUUUCAUCUUAUUGAUUGGCUUUUUUGACAUCAUCUGAAAUAGUAUUGAAUAGGUCGAGCUCGAGCUCGAAAAAGAAAUAGUUUAGACGCGGUCUUUGGCGUUUAUUUGGAUUUUGUAUCAGCCUUGCUGGUUAUGCCUUCUGUAAAUACAAACUUGUAGGAUGAUUUAUUUUGUAACUGGUAUGCACUUUGCCAUCUCCACGCAUUCUUCUCUCUUUUGCUGUUUGUGAUUGAAUCGGUUUUUUCUAAAAUUUUGCUAUCUUUUUCAA